CAUUUAGACCCACCCCAGAUAACAGUAGUGGUGUUUCAUAGGUCAGUUCUCCUCUCUCCCCUUCAGCAGUCAUGGUUCUCCUGUCAGCCCUGACGCCUGUCCUGGUGGUGGUCCUGUGCUUGGUGAUAGGCUUCUUGCUGCUGAGGUCAAGGGGGACGGAGACCACCCAGAACUCCAAGGGAAAAACUGAAAGGGUGACGAAAGCAGACUUUAGACCGUGGGUGGACCAGGACUUACAGGAUGAUACAGAAAUCACUGCAAAAGAGGACGAGGAUGGUGAUUGGACGGACAGCAAUGACGAGGAAGACCUUGCACACGUGCCCUACUCACCACCCCGUUACUCCGUGGAGACGAUGCUGGAGAGAUCCAAGGAUCUGUACGAUCUGAUGAACCAGCGGAGGUCUGUCCGAUUCAUCAGCCCAGAGCCAGUUCCACGAGAAGUCAUCGACAAUGUCAUCCACACUGCAGGUACGGCCCCGAGUGGAGCACACACAGAGCCCUGGACCUUUGUCGUGGUGUCUGACCCAGACACAAAGCACCAGAUCAGACUGAUAGUAGAAGAAGAGGAGGAGGUCAACUACCGUCAGAGGAUGGGGGACAAGUGGGUCAAUGAUUUGGCCAAAUUAAGGACAAACUGGAUCAAGGAGUACUUGGAUGUUGCUCCAUAUCUAUUACUCAUCUUCAAACAGACCUAUGGGAUUCUACCAAACGGCAAGAAAAGGACACAUUACUACAAUGAAAUCAGUGUCUCCAUAUCCUGCGGAAUCCUGUUGGCAGCAUUACAGAACGUGGGUCUUGUCACCGUCACAUCCACGCCCCUAAACUGCGGCCCCCAGCUCAGGCUCCUCCUCAAACGGCCAGCCAAUGAGAAGCUGUUGAUGCUACUUCCUGUAGGUUAUCCUGCUUCUGACGCCACAGUGCCAGACUUGAGACGCAAGCCUCUGAAUGAUAUUAUGGUGCACAUAUAACCAAAUCAAUCAGCAGAGAACAGGAUUGACCAGCAUAGUUUAAUAUGCCAUUACUUUUAAUUUGAAGGGAUAAACCUACCUUUUAAUUCAGCUUUAUCCAGUGGCAAUGAAUGAGGAAAUAAACAGCCAAACAAUUAAAAUAGAGAAUCCUAAACAUUUUCACGCACCAUUAUGGUUGACAGAAACAGGUGUAUAAACCUUGUAAAUCAUUAUAUGGAAUGAGAUCUCACUAAGUUGAACAAGCACAAGGUCAACCGUGUUCUUACCAAACAAAGUGAGAUAAAGAUGGUUGCUGCCAAGAUUAAAAUGUAAUCUGUUUUCACUUGUUUGCUCUGGGAAUGCUUGUGUAAUUUGUUUUUGUGACUAUAACUGAGCUGACUAGAUUGUUUAGAAAUGUAAUGUCCUUGGGCUUUAAUAAUGCAAUUCAGUUUAUGUCUUAUAAUAGUGACCAUUAUACAGAUUUUUUUCAGAAACUUAAAUAAUAAAAAAAUACAUUG